AUGAGAUUUUGGUUCUGUAAAAAGAAAAAUAGUUCUGAAUGCAUUGAUGACAAAAAAAAGAAAAACGAUGAUGUAUACAAAGCUAUUUUAAAAAACAGAGAAGCAAUUGAUGCUUUAGAAAAGAAGCAGGUGCAAGUCGAAAAAAAAAUUAAGCAAUUGGAAAUUGAAGCAAAGCAGAAAGUAGAACAAAAUCAAAUGAACAAUGCGAAAAUAUUACUGAAAAGAAAAAAAUUAUAUGAACAAGAAAUAGAAAACAUCCUAAAUAAUAAAUUAACUCUAGAAGACAAUAUGAUAAACUUAGAAAAUAUGCAUUUACAUAAAAUUGCUGUUAAUGCGUUAUCAUAUGCAGCCAAUACCCACAAAAAAUUUAACAAUGAAAUAAAUACUCAAAAAGUAGAAAAAAUUAUAGACACUAUACAAGAGAACAAAGAUAUUCAAGAAGAAAUAAAUCAAGUCCUAAGUUUCAACUUAUUAAAUAACGUGGAUGAUGAUGAAAUAGACAAAGAACUUAAUUUACUAAAGGAACAAAGCUUGGAAGAAAAACUCAGUGCCAAAGUUAAUAAAAUACCAGAAAUGCCAAAAGACAAGGAAGUUUUGCAAGUGAAAAGCAGUGAAGAAGUAAGGGUAUCAAAAAACAACGAAGAGUCUGAUGACGAAGAAUUAAAAGAGCUAAUUGGAGAAAUGACGUAA